AUGCGACCACAAAGUACUUAAUCACACCAGGAUUUUUACAUAAUCCAGUGCGCGUGCUGCAAAGUAUCUAAGUCAGGUCUUAAGGAAAGGCGCACUGCCUGAUCCGAAUACUUCAUUGUUAACAGAAGCCUUAGUUGUAAUGAACAGUCCCGUUAUCGUGCCUGUAACGUUGAAAGAUCUUUGGAGGCGGGAAUUCAUGACCGCCCGGCCUUGCUAUUAAGCAAUUUAAUUUUUUUACACAAAAUAUACCUGCACAUGUGUGAAACAGUAACUACUGGCAAAACGACCCAACCCCGAAAGGCGCCCGCUGAUGAGGAGCGACGGAGGCUGCUUCCAUCGUAUCAUUACACUCUAAAGCACCGUUGGGCGAUUAAGCUGAACUUUUUGUCGGGUAUCACGCUGCUCCCAUGGCUGACGCUGCUCGUACGGCACUGGAGGUCCAUCGACUGGCGGGUGUAUCUGCACCGGGUGCUUUUCCUGACCUUCAUGGCGUGCCUCAACUCCUUUCUGGCGCUCUUUGAUUGGCUGUUCUUCUCCGCCCAUGUGGCUGCCCAGCCUCUGCACCCCGAGCCCCUCUUCAUCCUGGGCCACCCGCGCACCGGCACCACCCACCUGCACAACCUGCUAGCGAACGACCCACGGUUCGCUUUCGCCACCACCUUCCAUGCUGGCUUCCCCUCCUCCUUCUUGUCUCUGGAGCCGGCUCGCGGGCUGCUGUCGGGGCUGCUGGAGCGGCGCCGACCCAUGGACCACAUGGCUCUGCACUGGGACCUGCCUGCGGAAGAUGAAAUUGCGGUCAACGCGUUGACCGGCGGCGAAUCGCCGUACCUUGCGCUCGUGUUUCCGCGGCUGUGGCGGUCGCUGCUUCGGAGCUACCUUACCUUUGGGGCGUCAGCAGCAGAGGAGGACGAGGAUAAGGACGUCGCUUCCGCAGGGGACACUAGUGGCCCACGGGUCACGGCGGCCUUCCAGCGGUGGCUUGCUGCUUUCAUGUGGUUCAUGAAAAAGGUCACCUACCGUCACGUCCGCAACCGGGCCGCGGACCGCAACCCGGGCAGCGGCAGCAACGGCACCGCGGACCCCGCCGCCGCACCUGGCGCGCCUCCGCCGCCUCCCCCGCUGCUGAUCAAGAGCCCGGUGCACACCGCCCGCCUGCGCACCUGGCUGAGGCUCUUCCCGCGGGCCCGCUUCGUGUACGUGCACCGGCACCCGCUGGAGGUAUUCCAAUCGGCUGCCAACAUGGCCGACACGUAUUACUGGUACACCUACCUUCAACGGCCAACCAACACCGACACCAACGACUUCAUCAUGGAUCAGUACGACAUCCUUUACCGGUCCUACAUGGCGGAUCGUGAGCACGUGCCAGCGGGCCGGUUGGUGGAGGUUUCUUUUUCGGAUCUGGAUUCAGAUCCCCUCGCCGUACUGCAGCGAAUCUACAAGCAGUUUGGGUGGGACGAGCAAUUCGACGCCGUACGGCCCCGCUUCGAGGAGUACGUGGCAAGCCUGGAAGAUUUCAAGAAGAACCACUUCAACCGACUGUCACCCGAGGCGGAAGCCGUCGUACGAAAGAGGUGGCGGGAGUCCUUUGAGGCAUUUGGUUAUGCCUGAAGCGUGAGUGACAGGGAAUGCCUUAGCUGGCGGUUACCAGCAGGAAGGUGCUUUGGGUUUCGUCCAUGGGGCUGUCGGUUGUUGCUGGGGUUCUUUAACACGCGAUGCAGGCUUGAGGAGCGUUUAGGCCUUAUUGAGGGGAGGUGUGGAGGGAGUAGUCAUGCAUGUAGGAAGUGGUAAGAAGGUAGCGCAAGGAGUUGGAAGAUAACACCACACUUGACAGCUAGCUGGUGCGUGGCAGCAGUAAGGACUCCUCUGAGAGCGUCAAGGUGUAAAUUCUCCCUCUUGGCUUCGCGGCAUAAAUAGGAAGUGUUCUGUGGGGAACUUGUGUGUGGGCCGUAACGUUCUUGCUCCAUUGUGCCAUGUAUGUCGGCUGGCCUGCCAUAUAUUCGCCAAGUAUAGUUUUUCCAGCGGGAUGUACGUUUAGGCUGUACGUGUCUCUUGCGUGUCUUUUUUAUAUCCAUUGUUGGUCUGCGUUUGUUGAGGGUUUAGAAUUGCCUUAGAAGUUUUGCAUGGGGUGCUUGCAUCUAUGGUCUACAAAUCCAAGCGCCAAGCAAGGAACAUGCAACUGGAGAAUACGGGUCGCUCAACGUCUGUACGCCAAUCUCUUAGCCUGCGCGUUUUACGCAUGCGUGUGACUGCCUUUCCAGUGUUGCCCAUUGUCAUGGCUGCCUGCCUGCAUGCAUGCAGGCUUCUUUGGCCUGCAGUACGACGCCUGAGGCACGUAUCGAUGUAAAUUGCAUGCGGU